AUUCAAUAUGCCAAAUCAUUUUCAACCUAUUACAAUAGAUGAUUUCGAAGCUCUUGCUCAAAAAUCACUCAAUGCAGCCAUUUUUGGAUAUUUUAGUUCAGGGGCUGAUAGUGAAAUGACUUUGCAACGAAAUAGACAAGCUUAUGACCAACUAUUGAUUAGACCUAAAAUAUUAGUCGAUGUGGAAAAAAUCGAUAUCUCAACAACCAUAUUAGGUCAGCACAUCCAAACACCUAUUGGUUUCUCCCCGACUGCUUUCCAUCAAAUGGCACAUGAUGAUGGUGAAUUGGCCACAGCCAGAGCGAGUGCUUCGUUGGGUACUUGUUAUUGUGCAGCCACUUAUAGUAAUUAUAGUAUGGAUGAUAUCCAAAAAGCAGCCCAAUCGAUUUCAAAGGACGCAUUACAAUGGUUCCAACUGUACGUAGAAAAAGAUCGGGAAGUCACGGCGAAAUUGGUGCGACAUUGUGAAAAAGUAGGUUACAAGGCAUUGGUGGUGACAGUAGAUCGACCUCGUUUGGGUCGUCGUUUGAUAGAUACUCGUACAGGGUUUAAACUACCCAGUCAUCUGCGAUUAGGGAACUUUAGUAAUGAAGACGACGAUGAUGAUGCUCGUACGGGAGAAGGCGCUUAUUUGACUGGUCAUAUUGAUGCAUCUUUAUCUUGGGCUGAUCUUGCUUGGUUACGUUCUUUGUCUUCUUUACCUAUCGUGUUAAAGGGUAUUUUUAGGGCUGAGGAUGCUCGUUUGGCUAUUCAACAUGGUGUAUCUGGUCUUAUUGUAUCUAAUCAUGGUGGUAGACAAUUAGAUGGAUGUCCUGCAACGUUGGAGGUCUUACCUGAAAUUGUGGAUGCUUGUAAGAACACUAAUGUGGAGGUCUAUAUAGAUGGAGGAAUCCGAAAAGGUACCGAUGUUUUCAAGGCACUUGCUCUUGGUGCUAGAGCAGUGUUCAUUGGUCGUCCAGUUCUAUGGGGAUUGGCAUAUGAUGGAGAAAAUGGAAUUAAACGUGUCUUGAAUCAUUUGAAUUAUGAUCUUCGACUUGCCAUGGCUUUAGCAGGUACAACAUCGAUCGAUAGUAUUUCUUCUGAUUAUGUAGUGCCUUCAUCUUAUUAUUCCUUUGAAAACAAGAUAAAAUCAAAAUUAUAAAAUAGAAACAAAAGAAUGCUUCAUUAGCAUAAACAUACACAGAGUAACAAUAAACG